ACCAGCGGUGAGGGACAGCUCCUCUCCGCCACGCUCUCAGCCUUUUGAAAAGGGUAUUGUCUUUAUUCUAAUGAGUGUGUAGUCAACUCUUUUGUUGUAUACCUCACUCUAUUUUUUUUUCCUCUCUCGCAAGCGCAAAGAAUUCCUUGUGUGUUUUUAGUACGUGUAUUUAUUAAUUUAUUUCGAAUGCGAAACGGCGGCCGCUGUGUGCAGCCCGGUGUGAGAGCGCGCUAGAAGAGCACGCAGGAAAAGAGACGCUGGGUGCAGAGACAGACCGGGACCCGGAUUCUCCCUCUCUACCGCUGGAGUUUUAUUUCCUGUGUUGCAGCCGGUGUUUUGUUUCGGCAGGGAGACAUAUUGACAGAGUGAAAGAAAAAACUCAAAAGGGGAGACAGCCCGGCCUCUUUCAACAAAGGCUGACUUUGAAUGGAGCCGGGCAUGUAUAAGUAAUAACAACAAUAAUAAAAACAAGCACUGUGGUGGAAGAUUCGCGGAUAUGUGUGUUUCUCACCCUGGGCUGUUCGAAAAAAUAUUAUCGGCGAGACAGAACAUAGACAAGUUUAUGCGAUAAACAAGCAAGCAGAGCGCAGUUUGCCGCUGCGCAGACACAACGCAGCCAAAGCGUCUACUUUACCAGGAUUUACCAGGACUUUACCUGAGAAGACACUCACAAACCGGGAAACGAGAGAAACAAGGAUUUGUGCUUUUAUCUCCGGUGUUUGUGUAACUUUUCAUCUAGGCUGUGGAAGAGAAGAUGUGACUCAGGCCUUUUUUCCUCCGGAAAACAUGACAUGGUUUUUCUUCCUUUACAACCUGCAAAAAGAAAGUUCAAAGAAAGGAAAAGGAGUUGGAAUCAGGAGCCUUACGCCUCUCUUUAUUACAAGCAACACAGGCUCCCUGAAAUUUGGUUAGCUUUAUUUUGUGUUUGCACUGACUGGUGGACAUCGUAAAUACAAUUCCGGAGAAGUCUGUGGAACAAGAGCUUUGACAUCAAUUCCCGCAGAGUGCUCCCUGUUUAUCUAGAGUGUGUCUGUGUUUUGAUUGGGACAAUGGACGACACAUAGGGGGUCCAGACAGCGACAGGGACGCCUUGCUUUUGAAAGGGGAUUAAAAAGAAGUGUAUGCGCUUUGCAAGGCUGGGGGCUCACUGAUCCUAGAGGAAUUUUGGAAGGAGUCCAUAUGCGGUAUGAGAACAAAUCUUAGGGGCAAAUACAGUAACAAAUAAGAAAUCAGCUUUGGAUGUGGUCUUUGACUGUAAACUGUGAAAUUGUACUUGUAUAAGUAACUGGUAGCACUGAGACACAUUAACAUAGAUUAGGAACAGUAUUCUUGUUAAAUUGCACAUUCUCAUUCUUUCCACAUGGAAGAAAAAUCUCACAGGCUUCCUGUCUUAUUUAAUCUUCUCUGGUAGAGUCUGCAGAAAAGUAGAGUCUCCUUGGAUCUUGUUUUCUUCACAUGCCCUGAGUAGUUUCUGUGUCCCUGGGUUUUCCCCCCGCUCUGAGGACUUCACAAGCCUCCAGACCAGCAAGAGCACACUCGCACUGCUUGUUAGGAUCAGAGGAUGUGACUGCAAAAUGCCAGGAGGUGCUUGUGGAAGGCCCUGUCGGCCACUCUUUGGCAGAUACGCGUUUUCAAUUUCUGAUUGUUUUCAGUGGUUGCUCUGUAUUGUCUGUGGAAAGGAUGUCUUUGCAUGGUGAUCUUUGCUAUGCUUUGCCAAACUGUCCCCAGGCAUGACUGACUGGAGAGAGCUAACAGUCAUUGUCUUAUACGGUGGUUCUACAUUUUUUUGCUGGUCAUUUUCAUACCAAGACCCAGCUAUGUGAGACAGAAAUAGCAAUUGAAGAUCAAGCUGAAUUUUCUGAAGAAGAGAAAGGACCGCAGAAGACAUAAGGUCCUCAGUUACCAGCCAUCUGCCCUACGUACAACACAGCAGGACUCGACCGGAGCUGAACCGGAGCUAGAACGAUGAACCAGUCGGAAUUGAUUGAACUGGUGCCCACUUUUGUCCCAGAUGCAAACAGCAGCCUAGGAGGUCCUGUCAGCGUGUCCCUGAACCACUCUUGUCCCCUGGGCUGGGGGCAGAACGAAAGGGCGGAGGCCUGCGUGUUGGAGACCGCGGUCAUCGUGCUGCUGACCGUGCUGAUCAUCACAGGGAACCUGACCGUGAUCUUCGUGUUCCACUGCGCGCCCCUGCUGCACCACUACACCACCAGCUACUUCAUCCAGACCAUGGCCUACGCUGACCUGCUGGUGGGCCUGAGCUGCCUGGUGCCCACGCUCUCCCUGCUGCACUACCCGGCAGGCGUGCAGGAGCCGCUCACCUGCCAGGUGUUCAGCUACGUCAUCUCCGUGCUGAAGAGCGUCUCCAUGGCCUGCCUGGCCUGCAUCAGCGUGGACCGCUACCUGGCCAUCACCAAGCCCCUCUCCUACAACCAGCUGGUGACGCCCUGCCGGCUGCGCUGCUGCAUCGUCCUCAUCUGGAUCUACUCCUGCCUGGUCUUCCUGCCUUCCUUCUUCGGCUGGGGCAAGCCGGGCUACCACGGGGACAUCUUCGAGUGGUGCGCCCGCUCCUGGCCCACCUCGGCCCUCUUCACGGGCUUCGUGGUGUGCCUGCUCUACGCGCCGGCCGCCCUGGUGGUCUGCUUCACCUACUUCCACAUCUUCCGCAUCUGCCAGCAGCACAACCGCGAGAUCAGCGAGCGGAGGGCACGCUUCCCCAGCCAGGAGAUGGAGGCCGGGGAGGGCGGGCACCCCACGGGACACAGCCCCGACCGCCGCUACGCCAUGGUGCUCUUCCGCAUCACCAGCGUCUUCUACAUGCUCUGGCUCCCCUACAUCAUCUACUUCCUCCUGGAGAGCUCGCACGUGCUGGACAGCCCCGCCCUCUCCUUCGUCACCACUUGGCUGGCCAUCAGCAACAGCUUCUGCAACUGCGUCAUCUACAGCCUCUCCAACAGCGUGUUCCGGCUCGGCAUGCGCAGGCUAUCCCAGACGCUCUGCUCCUCUUGCUCCUUCAGCGCCUGCGCCACCGUGGACAAGGACUUCGGGGACCCAAAGCCCCGUAAGAGGGCUAACUCCUGCUCCAUCUGAGAGGGCCAGAGGCGCAGAGGAGGACAAGGAAUUCUUGGAGUGGAAACGAGGGCUGGGCAAAGAAAAAGAUCAGUCUCGAAAAUCAGCUUUAUGUUAUGGGGUAGUGCUGUCCUGGGUGGGACUUGCCCCUUUAAAGAUUUGUGAGAAAUGUUGAGCGGAGCUUUGAAGCUGGGUAUUUUAGAAAUGAUGCUGUCAAACUUAUUGUUUAUGAAGUGAAAGGACCAUUACUCUCCAGGAACAUGAAAAUCAGCCGAGGAAAGUUAAAAUUCUUCAAAGCGGGCACGGUUCUAAGGACGACUGUUUGGACAGGUUAACAUAAACUGACUUGCACAACUUUCAGGUGUGUGGGCCUACAGCUGGCCUAGCAGAACUAGCAGAACGCUGAUCACUUUGGCUCAAAAAAAAAAAAAAAAAACAUGAAUCAUCAUUCAUCCAAAUGUUAAGAGCUGUUGUUUUCGGCGCACGUAUGCUUAGAUUUUAUAUAAGAACAGGCUGUGAUUCAGUGUGAAGCGGAGCCCCAUUGUGAGUGAAGUAUUCCUGGUUGAUGCCACAGAAAAGCAGAGGAUCACACCGUCUGUCACGCACCAUCAGUCUGUGCCUGUGCUCUUGUCUGUAGCAUAACUGCGUCACACAUAGCAUGUUGUAACGAAAUACAAGUCAGCACCAGUAAGUCAAAAGUGUACUCACGUUCAUUUACGUAAUGGAAGUGGGCAAUAAAACGCACUGAACUACAUCUUAGCUCUUGCUUGGUGGCUCAGUAGUCCUCGUCACUGCCGAGUGCUGAUAUAGAGGGCAGCUUACUUAGCGCUGUGCCCCCGUGCACAAGCUCGCUUCCACGUUACAGGGUAGGACAACUGCAAGAGUGGCUCAGAUUCUAGUCACCGUAUAUGCCUGUGUAUAACAAAGGACAGUAGCUGUUACCUUUAUGUAAAUACUAAAACAAAAAUAUAAAAUGGCUCAUAACAUUCCAGUGUAUGAGAAAGUACGUGUAUGGCCGAUUGGUUCAAAUGCUUUUGGUCAGCUUUAAAUGGAGGGAUGCAUUUUUGUAUUAUUCCUGUCUGUGGUGGUACUUUCCCAUCCGAGAACAGCUGGUGGACCAAGAAUCUUAAGAAGCUGAGAAGCUUCAGAAGACCGCAAACUUGAGGCUUGAGAGAUGGUUUUGUAUUCUGAUGACAGCAAUUUUUAUUCUGUGUCCAGCCCGAAACAGGGCUGCUGCGGAGGUAGAAUAUGGCUGAACGAGAUUGUAUCUCUGAUGAAUUCUUCCACUCAGAUUCCCACUUGGCUGCUUGCAGGUGCGCUCUCAGAGAGUGGAACUCAUCCAGCAGUUUGUCACUUAGGGAUUGACUUUAAUCAGCGUGGUUGGGUCCCAGAGCUGGCCGAAGCUCAAUCCAAGAGACUGUCUGUCUUUAUGUGUGUGAGAGAGAGACUGGCUAAAAAGGGGGGGGGGGGCAAUCACUGUAGGGAUGACCAUUGAUCUUGUUCUACGUUUCAGUGUCCUUCAGUUGAAGUGAACAGAGCAGAACUGAGCACAGCGAUCAUUCCAGAUCUGUUGUGCAUACUUCCUGUAGUCUUUAAAUUCAAAGCAAUGCAGAAAACGCGGAAAAACGCACAAUUUGACGACGUCUGGAAUUAUCGAGAUAUUCCCCUUUCCUCCCCUGUGGUGUACCCCCCGGCAUCUGUUGUUAGAGCUCUAUGCCUGUACUGUUUCUGUGAACAUGUGAGAGCUAAGAUGUAAGUGACACAGCCAACUGAACCCUUUGUGUCUGUGUAGCGCCUGUGUGGCAAGGACAGUACCCUGUGUAAACUGUAGGCAGCCUGCACAAAGAUCCUGCAUCAGAUUUUGCUCUUUGUUCAGACCUACCCUGUAUGACACGUUUAUCGUUUCUGUGCCUAAUGUUUUUUUUUUUUUUUUUGACUUUUCACAAAAUGACGGUAAUUCCAGAUUUGGCAUAUCUCUCAUGUUUCCAGUUAUUUUUUAGGGGGGAAAAUGCAUCGUGCAAUUUAGAAAUAAUGAAAGCAAGCUUUAUUAAAAGAAAAACCCUCAAAUUUGAAAAUCUCCAUUCCAUCCCAUUUUUUUCUUUGCUGGUUUUAUGUCUUCCGUAGUUUUGAUUUUUUUUUCCAAAGUUAAGCCAAAUGAAAUGUAAACCUGUAUGAUUUCUUAAUUGGGCAUUACUAACUCUUGUGUUGAUGGUGGGGUGCUUCGUUGGUAACAAAUAAACCACCAUCAAAGUAACAAAGUAACAGAUAAACCACCAUCGACAUCAGGUUUGUACCUUACAAUCAGAGGCCGUGUCAGAGGUCAGUCCCAGCCUUGGUCUUUUGCUUGCUGCUGUGAAGCGGAGCAUUUCCAAGAUUCUGAAACGCUGCACGUGGGCCUCAAACCUCUUGAUCUCCUCUCAUCAUUAGUCUACCUGAUGAAACCCAUAAAAUGGGUCAAUAAUUACUGUACUGUGAAAGAAGGUAAUUUUUUAUGUUUUUAUCUUUUAUUCUUUAUUCAGUUAUGAUUUAGUCUGGCAAAAAACAUCUGUGAACAUUGCCUUGUUCAUAUUUACUUAAAUCUUUUGGUCUUAGUUUUAAUGUUUGCAACCACUGAAGCAGCACGACCUCACACAUAGUAAAGAGUGAAUGGAAGAUUACGUGGAGAAACCUGUGAUCUCCCGCGGGAUCGGAUAUUGACAUCACUCCAUAGUGCUCAAAAUGUCAAUGUAUGCAUUCUUGUAGUUUUCCGUUGCGUCAAAACUAAACACGUGCUUUUUUUAAGUAAUGAGUGUCAACAGAUAAAGCACAUGUGAUAAAAUAAAAUCAUUUUUCAGUCUUUGAGAAGAUUCAAAUAUGGUACAAAUUCUGUGUAGACAUGUAACUUCAAUAUUGGUAAAAGAUGAAAUUGUUCCGUCAUAGCUACUGCUUUGAGUCUAGCACUGGUGGUUUGACAAGAAGCAAUGAGUUUGGUUACUUGUGAAUGAUUAAGCAGCAUAUUUAUUUGUUAUUUUGGUUAUAUUUGCCAGUUGUUGUGUUGAACCUGCAAGUAAUUGCAAUUUUAGUUAUGUUUAGAUUGUUUUGUGUU